GGAGUAUUACAUUACAGACCAAAACAUUAAUAACUUGGUAGAGAGAGAAAGAUUUCUAGAGAGAGAAAGAGGAUGAACGAGAUCUCGUGUUCAAGUUGGUUGCGUUUCCUGCUCUUCUUCUCUUCACUUUCUCUGCAAUUCAUUUCAGGCUUUACAGGCGAUUCAUCAAGUUCCAAUGAUGGGAAAAAGAAUGCUACUUCUAGUAAUAGCAAGGGGAAGGGAGUUGUCAUCAUAUGCGUUAUUAUUUUGGUAGUUGUGCUUUUUUCUGUAUUCCUUUUUAAAUAUUGGCAAAAGAAGAAACGUGAAGAGCAAUAUGCCCGCUUGCUAAAGUUGUUUGAAGAGGAUGAUGAACUCGAGGUUGAACUUGGGCUUCGGGAUUGAAACCGUAUCACAGUUUAUCGGAGUUCAUAAAUUGAAGGUUUUAGUGGCGCAAUUCUUCUUACAACACCCAAUUCCCGCGAGAGCCGGUAAGGUAGGGGAUUCUACUGGGGGCACAAGUUCUAUUUCAAAUAUAUAGCAUCUGUGUUAGAGAUACUACUUGCUGGCACAAGUUUUAUUC